AUGAGUGGACGCGAGAGAAACGCCCAAGCUGGGCCCAGCGCACUUCGACACCCACCACAGAACCCAACUUCGUCCAGCUGGACGAUGUCACUCUUCGGUGGACGACAAGCCAAAUCCACCUCCAACAACCUCGGCUGGGGUCUACCGACAGCAUCGUCCGCAUCGUCCGCACGCAACCGCGAAGAGCGCGAAUCACUCAUCGGUCAACCCAGCGGCGACGACUUUGAUGACUCAGACGCCAUCUCUUUGCUCAGCAACAUUGCCGAUCGAGACUCUUCUCGUGGAGGUAGCGCUGCUGCACGACGUCGUGCACGUGCUAGGUCCAGAGCGCAAGGUCGAACUUGCGGAACCUUUUGGUUCGAUGUGGAGGACUGGAGCAGAUCUUUGUCUUGCGGGCUGCUCGGGAGAGGUCAGCGUGGAGAUGGUGCUGGUCCGGCUAGACAGAGGGCUGCAUCGAUCGGCAGUGUAAUGAGUCGUGGUGCCAGAAGGAACAAUGCGCCGUCGUCGGAGGAACAGGUGGUGGCGACGUCGAGACACUCGCGCUCGCACAGCAACGCGAGCACAGACAGCGCUGGCAGUCUCGCUGGCUCUGGGUUUGCAGAGAUCGAUGCUGAUGCAGGAAUGCUGGACGAUCGCGACAUUGCACGAUUUGGAACGCAACCAUCACCAACGGAAGAAUCCGAAACAGAAGCAGAGGCGGAAGCAGCCCGAGCGAAGGCGACAGCAGAGGAAGCACAAGCUCGAGCUGAAGCUGAAGCAGCUGACGUUCUCGCCGCAGCAGAACGUCAAAAGGCGCUCGAAGCAGAAUCCGCACGCCUACAAGCCGAAGCUGAAGCUGAAUCCCAGCGCCAGAAGGAAGAAGAGGUCCGAUUAGCAGCAGAGGAGGAAGCCGCCAUCGCCAAAGCUCGUCGCAGGGCCCAACGCAAAGCUGCCAAAGCUGGAUUGUUGCAGUUGCAGCAGGAGACGCAAGGGGCGCAGAGGUGGCGCACAGAGGCCGAGGCCGAAGCUGCGGCUGGAGGAUUCGCUUUCGCCGAUGCUGAGGGUGAUGAGUCGUACGAAGGCGGUGCACAGCAGCAGCAGCAGCAGCAGGAGCAGCAGCAAUUUCAGUAUCACGAUGCAGAGUACGGCUUGGAGGAGGAGCACGAGCAAUAUGGCGAUGCCGAAGAGGCCAGUGGGUACUAUGCGGGAACGGUGCAGGAGCAAGGGCCAGGAGGAGUGGUGCACCACCACCAUUACUAUCACUCUGCGCCGCCCGUCGUGGAAGAGGAGGAGUUCCACUAUCCCGCACCAGAACCGCAGGUCCACGAUGCAGACGCCUUCACCGAAGAUCGUCCGGAGCCUGCGACGACGGACAAAGUCUCUGAAGACGAAGCAGACAUCGCCGGGCUUUCGUUCGGCCGCAAGAAAUCGCGACGCAACCAAUCCGGCAGCGCCGGCUCUCGCAGCGGCAGCGGACUGCGACCGGCCCACACCACCGGCGGAUCCUCCUCCGGCGGCAGUGCAUCCGGUCUCCCACCCGCGAUCUCCGCAUCCUCCUCCUCCUCCUCCAGCCGUGCACCCUACCGCGAUCGUCCACGACGUCACGAACGCACCACCUCGAAAUCGUCCACCUCCUCCUCCGGCAUCUUCUCCGCCGUCCAUCCUGGCGCGGCGUCGACGGCAGCCACCAGCGUCACGUCGUCGGGCGCUACGCCGCUGCCGAACCUGUACGAGGCGCAGUCGGUGUAUCCCGCCGAGCAGGGUGCAGAUGUGGAACACGCGCAGUUCGGGAAACCCGAGGUAGACGCAAGCGAGUUCGGCGUCAUCACGGCCGGAAGUCAUAGGGGUGGCGCGGGGAGGGUCAAGAAGUCGUACAAGGAUAAGAGGCACCAGCCGGGGUCGCAGGAGGAGCACGAGGGCAAGUUCGAGGGCUUCCCUGGUUUCUGA